AUGGCUGUGCAGAGCCUCCUGCUGUACCUGGGCUCCAGCUCGCUGCUCUGUUUGGCAGCAGGGCUCUUUGCUCUCUUUUACUUUCUCUCCAGCUCCAAGAAAUCAGUUUGCAAUUUGCCCCCUGGGCCACGACCUCUUCCUCUGAUUGGGAACCUGAACGUGGUGGACCUGAAAAAGCCGUUCCAGUCGCUGACAGAGCUCUCCAAGAUCUAUGGCAGCGUCUUCACGGUGCAUUUUGGACCCAGGAAGGUCGUGGUACUGGCUGGAUAUGAAACCAUCAAGGAUGCCCUAUUAAAUCAUGCUGAAGAGUUUGGAGAGAGGGCAGAAAUACCCAUAUUUAGAAAAAUGACACAAGGAAAUGGCAUAGCAUUCAGCCAUGGAGAGAUGUGGAAAACUAUGAGAAGAUUUACCUUGUCCACACUGAGAGACUUUGGAAUGGGAAAGAGAACCCUUGAGGUCCGAAUCCUGGAGGAAGUAAAUUCCCUUAUCAAAUAUUUUGAAUCCUAUCAUGGGAAACCAUUUGAUACAAAAAUGAUACUCAACAAUGCUGUAUCCAAUGUCAUCUGCUCUAUAUUGUUUGGAGAGAGGUUUGAAUAUGAUGAUCCAGUAUUUCUAACUUUGCUGAAGCUGAUAAAUCAAAAUACUAAGCUGUUGGGCUCCCCUAUGGUGCAGUUAUAUAACUUCUACCCAUCCCUUGGAUUUCUGUCUGGAGCUUCCAAGACUGUGCUACAAAAUAUCCUUGAAUUGAAUGCUUUCCUCCAGAAGCUCUUCCAGGAACACAAAGAGGAGCUUAAUGAAAAUGACUUAACAGGCUUUGUCGAUGCCUUUCUGGUGAAGCAAAACCAGGAGUCAAAGAAACCACACACUGCAUUCAGCAAUGGAAACCUGAUGUUUUCAACCCUGGACCUCUUUGCUGCUGGGACUGAGACCACAUCCACAACUGUGCGCUGGGGGCUGCUGCUGAUGAUGAAAUACCCAGAAAUUCAGAGAAAGAUUCAGGAAGAAAUGAACCAUGUCAUUGAACCAGGAGAGCUGCCUAAGUUGGAGGACAGGAAAAAAAUGCCUUACACAGAAGCAGUAAUACACGAAAUACAAAGGUUUGCCAAUAUUGUCCCCAUGGGCGUAUCCAGAUCGACUCCCAGAAAUGUGAAUUUCCGAGGCUACGUGAUUCCUAAGGGUACUGAGAUUAUUCCACUGCUGACCUCUGCUCUGAAUGAUGAGUUACACUGGAAAACCCCAGAUCAGUUCAACCCUUCCCAUUUCCUUGAUGCCAAUGGGAACUUCAUUAGGAGAGAAGCAUUUAUUCCAUUCUCCAUAGGGCGAAGGGCUUGCCUUGGUGAAGGACUGGCCAGAAUGGAGCUGUUCCUCUUCUUUUCGGGCUUGCUCCGCAGAUUUGUUUUCCAGCCUCCUCCAGGAGUGGAGAAGUCAGACCUGGAUCUCACUGCUGAUGUUGGCUUUACCUUGACUCCCAUGCCUCACCUGGUUUGUGCUGUGCCCUGUGAAUGA